UGAUUUUGCAUUUCCGGGGGGAGAGAACUGUAUGUAAACAAUACAGUUCUCUCCCGUUGGCUCCAGCACACUGCUUUGUAUGGCAAAGCAGUGUACUUACAGUGACACGCGCACACACACAAAACACAGUAAAACACAGCACGCAGUUAACCGUUUGAUUGCCCCAGAUGUUAACCCCUUCCUGCCCAGUGCCAUUAGUACAAUUUCUGUGCUUUUUAUUAGCACUGAUCAAUGUACUGGUGUCACUGGGGAUGUCAGUGAUACCAAGUCAGUUCCCCCCAGUGUCAGAAUGCCCGCCGCAGUCCCGCUAUAA